AUGUCGACUGAGGAAAAAACAAAUGCAUGUAAAGAAGUGCAAAAGCGCUGGCUAAAUUUACGGAACUGUUUUUCUAGAGAAUUAAGAUUACAACGAGAGACCAAGUCGGGGCAAAGCGCCAAGAAAAGAUGUACAUAUUUAUACUUUGAACGGUUGAUGUUUCUAUUGCCUACCAUUGAUCCAAGGGAAACUGCAAGUAACAUAAGUACUGAAAGCGAUGAUGGCGACGGUACUGAAUCUUUAAAUACCGAGCGAAUGCGCCCUCCACGUCCUUUGCUUAACAAUAAUAAGGCAUUUGAACAGUCUCUAUUAAAUAUGUUGGAGAGGAAUUUUAAUGUUCAACAGAAUGAAACAACUCUAAAUGAUGAAGAUCGCAACUUUGCGUUGUCGCUGGUAUCCAUGCUGCAACGAUUUAGUAUUUAUGAUAAAAUAGACGUAAAAGUGCAAAUUUUAAAUAUAUUUAAAGAAAAAUGUGCCCCACAACAUGAUUUGCGCAAAAUACGUAUAAUAAACCAGCAAAUAAUACCUCCAAAGCCAAUGACCAAUCCUGGGCGUGGACCACCGCCUGCGAUCUCACCUGGACCUUCUCAAACACAAAAUGCAUUACCGGAAGACCGGAUGCAGCCAACUCCAUCACCUAGUACUUACGAUACUAACGAGUCUGUCCAAAGCUAUUACUCAAACUGCUUUGUAGAUGAUUAUGAAUAG